ACUCUGCACGACCAGGAGGCUGCUUUAAAACUUCCAGCCCACAACCUUUUCUUCCUCUCUCCACGCUGACUCGCCAUCAGAGAGGAGGAAACUCUCCAGACCUCCAGAAGCUCAUCAUUUUGUUCUCUCCAGGAUCCACUAUUCUGCGUCCCAUUCAUUUCUUCUGAGACUUUUAGAGGAGCUCAAAGUCUGGUGACCCGAGACAGCCGAAUCUCUGCAUCUGCAGGGCAGAUGUUCGUUACAAAGUUGUUUCUGCAGCCAGUUUGAGAGUCUGGGCUUUUCUUGGAGGACGUCUGGUCUGUUUGAUCCGAGUCAGCGUUGUGUUUUUGUACCAGAGCAAUGAGGGCUGAGGUGCUGGUCGUCUUGGUGGGUUUGGCCCUGUGCUGUGUCCUGGUCUGUGCUCAAGAAGAAAUGAGGGAGAACAAACUCUCCAGAGACCGGGUUCAGGUGAGAGAAACCCGAGGACUGGUCAAGCACAGGAGACAGGGGGAGGAGGAUGGGGGUGUUGAAAUGUCUGAUGAGCCUGCUGAAGUGGUGGAAGAGCAGAAGGCAAAACCAAAGAAGAAGAAGAAGACACCUGAGGAAAUUGAGGCAGCCAGGGCAAAGAAAGCAGCAGAAAGGGAAGCAAAAGCCAAGAAGCAGAAUGCCCCUAAGCCCACCAAAAAGCCAAAACCACCGAAACCCACCAAAAAACCCAAACCACCAAAACCCACCAAGAAGCCAAAGGCGCCCAAAGCCACCAAGAAACCAAAGACAAAGACCACGACCACAAUGCAGCCAGAGACCAGUCGUACCUCUCUGGACGAGGAAGAGGAGAGACUGCUGAUUGAACUGGGCUGGAUUCAACCUGUGACCCCACAGGGCCCUGGAUGGAAAGAGCCUGUUGAGCCAGACCUGGAUGUAGUGCCUGGUCGAUACCCUGAUAACAAAAAAGCCACAACUACCGAGGUCAUCAUGUAUAUCCCAGAGGAAACCACCUCCGUCCCGUUUGUCGGCCCCUGGUACGAAGAAUACGAUUACGCUGAUUUGGCCGCUAAGAAGCAAGAAGAAGAGGAGGAGAGAGCUCGAAAAGAAAAGGCAGAAAAAGCUGAGCGGCUGAGGAAGCAGUGGGAGGAGGAGGAAGAGGAGAGACUGAAGCAGAUUUCAGUGCCUGCUGAGCCAAAGAAGUGUCCCCCUCUGGGUUUGGAGUCUCACCGGGUGGAAGACGACCAGCUGCUGGCUUCCUCUCAGACUCACCAUGGCUUCACGGCUCAGAGGGGGCGACUCAACAUGCAGGGCUCUGACAACGAGGAUGAUCUGUAUGGCGGCGGGUGGUGCGCAGAGACAGAAGAGAGAGACCACUGGUUUCAGGUCGAUGCCCGCCGAGAGGUGGAGUUCACCGGGGUCAUCACCCAGGGAAGAAACUCAGAGCAACAUGAGGAUUUCGUGUCCUCCUACUUCGUGGCCUUCAGUAACGACAGUCGUGACUGGACGACGCUGCACGAUGGCUACGCCGAAUGGUUGUUCUAUGGGAACGUGGAUAAGGACACACCGGUGAUGGGUCAGUUUGCUACGCCCGUGGUGGCGCGCUACAUCCGCAUCCUGCCUCAGAGCUGGAACGGCAGCCUGUGUCUCAGAAUGGAGGUCCUGGCCUGUCAGCUACCCAGCAGCUACCGCAGUGAGAAUGACGUCACCCCGUCAGAUGACUUGGACUUCAGACACCACAACUACAAGGAGAUGAGACAGAUGAUGAAGGUGAUAAACGAAGAGUGUCCCAACAUCACCAGGAUCUACAACAUUGGUAAAAGCUCUCAGGGCCUGAAGAUGUACGCCAUGGAAAUCUCCGAUAACCCCGGAGCACAUGAGACAGGUGAACCUGAAUUUCGGUACACAGCUGGUCUCCAUGGUAACGAGGCGCUGGGUCGAGAGCUUCUUCUCCUGCUGAUGCAGUUUCUGUGCAAAGAGUACAAUGAUGAAAACCCCAGAGUGCGUCGCCUGGUGGACGGAGUGAGAAUACACCUGGUGCCUUCACUCAACCCUGACGCCUACGAGCUGGCCUACGAGAUGGGCUCAGAGAUGGGGAACUGGGCGCUGGGCCACUGGAAUGAAGAAGGUUAUGACAUCUUCCAGAAUUUCCCAGACCUCAACAGCGUCUUGUGGGGAGCCGAGGACAGAGGCUGGGUCCCUCGUAUAGUACCCAACCAUCACAUCCCCCUCCCAGAAAACUUCCUCAAUGGCUCUCUUGCUACUGAGACGAAAGCCAUCAUUUCCUGGAUGGAGCGCAAUCCAUUUGUACUGGGAGCUAAUCUGCAAGGAGGAGAAAAACUGGUUGCAUACCCGUUUGACAUGCAGCGUCCGCCAACUUCUUUAACCGACAGCCGGCGUUGGAGAACUAAUGCUGACAUGAACGAGGAGACGUGGGCUCGCAUUCAGCGGCAGAACGAGGGAGCUCUGAGGGAGACGCCCGACGACACCAUGUUUCGAUGGUUGGCCAUGUCAUACGCCCACAGCCAUCUGACCAUGACGGAGACCUACCGAGGCUCCUGCCAUGGGGACGAUAUCACCGGGGGACAAGGCAUCACCAACAGAGCCAGCUGGAAGCCAGUGGUGGGCAGUAUGAAUGACUUCAGCUACCUACACACCAACUGCUUUGAGCUGUCCGUUUUCUUGGGCUGUGACAAGUUUCCCCAUGAAAGUGAACUGCCUCUUGAGUGGGAGAACAACCGCGAGGCUCUGUUGUCCUUCAUUGAACAAGUUAAUCGAGGGAUAAAGGGUCUAGUGAGAGAUGUGGAGGGAAAUCCGCUGCCUAACGCCACCAUAUCUGUGGAGGGAAUACGUCAUGAUGUCAGAACCGCUGUAGGCGGUGAUUACUGGCGGCUGUUGAAUCCUGGAGAGUACAGGGUGACCGCCAAAGCUGACGGCUACACCCCUCAGACUAGACUGUGCAUGGUGGGCUACGACUCUGGGGCCACUUCAUGCAGCUUCACCUUAGCCAAAUCCAACUGGGACCGCAUCAAACAAAUCAUGGUGCUCCACGGCAAGAGGCCCAUUCGACUCGUCACCAAAGCAAACGUUGUGAAAACGACCACGGCCAGCACAGUGGAAGUCACCAGCACCGCUGCAAGCAGUCGAGCCAAAUCCCAGAACGCAGUGCGACACAGGCGGCUGCGACUCAUGCGUAUGCGCAGGAUGCAUUUGCGCAGGAUCCGUGGCCGGAGAUUACGAGGCUAUCGUACCACCACUCCUGCAACAACCACCACAACAACAACCACGACAACCACCACCACCACCACGACAACAACACCUGAAACAGAGGAAACAACCUCCUGGUACGACUCCUGGUUUCCUAUGGACAGUUUGACUGACAAUCCGUUCGACAGCUUCAUCUUUGACUCAGGGCCGACACAGGACUAUCCUUUUAUUUACACUAUUGAUUGAUUACCAUGUUCAGUACAGCUGUGCCAUACAAAGACCUUACUAACCACGUCAGUUUGCUGCAACAUCACAGCUUUAAACACAUUAUUUAGUGAGUGGAGACGAAUAUCCACAAGAUAAAUAUGAUCUGGAAUAGAAAGCUUCUGCUGAGCAGAGACCAUGCACCCCAAGUUUCAACAAUAUACAGCAUGUCACAAUAAAAGCAGGACAUGAUUAGUUACUUCUCCUCCAUUUACUCACAUAACAGCUUUACAGUGCGACAGCUGGCCUCAGACUGAUUUCAUGUACUGCUGAAUGCAUUUGAUUAAAAUGAAGUUAUUUUCUAAA